AUGUUGCUCUUAAGCUUUCUUACACUCACUCUUCUCCCAGCAGCGAGGUCCCUCUCUGUCCCGCGGCAAUACGUCCCGCCUGGCACAUGCUGCUUCACUUUACAUGAUUCAUCCACCGGCCAAAUCGUCCAGCAGGACAGCGGAAUCGGCUACACAUACCUGGGCGGUUCUUUUCCCACCGGCUGGUACUGCAUUAAUCUUUCUGAUCCCAACAAGAUUCUCUGGGACGCCUUCAACAACGCAUGCUUCGUCAACCCCGAUAGCGUGUUUCAGUGCCUCGAUCCUAUUCCGAGCAAUGAUGCCUGGGCUAUCCAGCAGAGCGGCGGAAAUGUCUUGGUCGUGGUCAAUGGUUCUUCAGAAUUCAAAGUAUGUCCCACGAAUACCGGGAACAUGAUCUUUACCAGUGCCAAGAGGGACGGCAACUGCAGACCAUUGAAGCUGAAGGCGCAGGGGUUGAAGGGAACGUGUGGCAGUUUCCGUGGCUGA